AUGAGGUCGAUCUUGGUUUUUCUGCUCUCGUUGUUCCUGGUCCCGGUGCUUGCGGCGCCUGUCGACAAGCCAAAACAAGCACAAGCCCCCGUAGAGCAUAAAAUUGGGGAUUUUGUUGGAGUUAGGCCGAGCGCUUAUGAAGAGAAAACGAUCGACAAUAAAAGAGUCACCAUCCACCCAGGAGUGGUCCUAAGCGGCCCUCAUCCUGUUACUGGGAAAUAUGAAGUUGCCAUGAUUUCGAAGAAGCUGCCGCACGACCCUCCUCAAGCGCCCGUCGGUCAAUUCCACCCAGGCUCUAGCGCCUACGGCAACGUGUCGCUCGGUCCCGCCAAACAAGUGUCUCUUCAACACCUCAAGCCAUGGAAAGAUGAGAAAACUGGCCAGAGACAAGACCCUAUGACCCACGAAAACGUGCAGAAGCUGAAGGCUGCAAUGGCACCACACGCUGGCUGGAAGCCACCCCCGCCCCCGCCUACUCCAGCUGUUCCGCCGAAGCCGGCAUCCCCAACGGCUAAAGGUGGCCAGCACCCCAACGCCCACGCCAGCGGUUCAAAGCACCCAUCACCUGGACGCCCUGGUCGAUCUCCCCAACGAGGCAAAUCUCCGCAAAAAAGCCGAAGCCGAUCUCCUCAAAAAGGCCCGUCUCGCCGCCAAGGGCCUCCGCACAAUGCUAAGGGAAAGAGACCCGCUUCUCCAAGGCCGCCCGCGAAGAAGCCAGCUGGCAAGAAGAGGUCUUUGUACUACCGCCGAUGA